GUGUGUGUGUAGAGCAUGAUGGGGCAGGUGGCUAGGUCUCCAGUCUGGCUAAGGAGAACUCGCCCUUGGAGGCAAGAGAGUGGGGUGGGGAGUGUCCGGUUGGAUCCUGGAAGUGCCCCUCUGACAUCAGUGGUGCCGAACGAUCUCUAUACAGAUAUCCUGCUGGAUGACAUCGUCCUCACCCAUUCUCUCUUCCUCCCCACGGAGAAAUUCCUGCAGGAGCUACACCAGUACUUUGUUUUGGCAGGAGGCAGGGAGGGCCCCGAGGGACUGGGCCAGAAGCAGGCCUGUCUAGCCAUGCUCCUUCAUUUCUUGGACACCUACCAGGGGCUGCUGCAGGAGGAAGAGGGGGCCGGCCGCAUCAUCAAGGAUCUGUACCUGCUGAUUAUGAAGGAUGAGUCCCUUUACCAGGACCUCCGAGAGGACACACUGAGGCUGCACCAGCUUGUGGAAACCGUGGAGCUAAAGAUCCCAGAGGAGAGCCAGCCGCCCAACAAGCAGGUGAAGCCACUCUUCCGCCACUUCCGCCGGAUAGACUCCUGCCUGCAGACCCGAGUGGCCUUCCGGGGCUCUGAUGAGAUCUUCUGCCGUGUCUACAUGCCUGACCACUCUUACGUGACCAUACGCAGCCGCCUCUCCGCGUCUGUGCAGGACAUUCUGGGCUCUGUGACGGAGAAACUGCAGUACUCGGAGGAGCCUGCGGGGCGGGAGGAUUCCCUCAUCCUGGUAGCUGUGGCCUCUUCAGGAGCUCGUUUUUCUGCAGAGAAAGUCCUUCUCCAGCCCACUGAAGACUGUGUCUUCACCACGCUGGGCAUCAACAGCCACCUGUUUGCCUGCACCCGGGACAGCUACGAGGCGCUGGUGCCCCUCCCCGAGGAAAUCCAGGUCUCCCCUGGAGACACCGAGAUCCACCGAGUGGAGCCUGAGGAUGUUGCCAACCACCUUACGGCCUUCCACUGGGAGCUGUUCCGCUGUGUGCACGAGCUGGAGUUCGUGGACUACGUGUUCCACGGGGAGCGCGGCCGGCGGGAGACGGCCAACCUGGAGCUGCUCCUGCAGCGCUGCAGCGAGGUCACCCACUGGGUGGCCACGGAGGUGCUGCUCUGCGAGGCCCAGGGCAAGCGCGUGCAGCUGCUCAAGAAGUUCAUCAAGAUCGCGGCCAUCUGCAAGCAGAACCAGGACCUGCUGUCCUUCUACGCCGUGGUCAUGGGGCUGGACAACGCGGCGGUCAGCCGCCUGCGGCUCACCUGGGAGAAGCUGCCAGGGAAAUUCAAGAACUUGUUCCGCAAAUUCGAGAACCUGACAGACCCCUGCAGGAACCACAAAAGCUACCGAGAAGUCAUCUCCAAGAUGAAGCCUCCUGUGAUUCCUUUUGUGCCUCUGAUCCUCAAAGACCUGACUUUCCUGCAUGAGGGGAGUAAGACCCUGGUGGAUGGUUUGGUGAAUAUCGAGAAACUGCAUUCAGUGGCUGAAAAAGUGAGGACUGUCCGCAAAUACCGGAGCCGGCCCCUUUGCCUGGAUAUGGAGGCAUCCCCCCAUCACCUGCAGACCAAGGCGUACGUGCGCCAGUUCCAGGUCAUCGACAACCAGAACCUCCUCUUCGAGCUUUCCUACAAGCUGGAGGCGAACAGUCAGUGAGAACAGACGUGAGAACAGACGUUUCAGUCAGCUCCGCAGGGUCCUCGGGCUCCUGCCACUCAAGCACUUUGCACCAUGUCCCAACCCACCUCCGACAUCCUUCCCUUGGAGCAACUUCCCGCCCCACCACGGGGAAGAGAGAGUCGGAUGGACUUACUCCGGGACUCAUAAGCCUGUUUAUCCUGAAAAAAAAACCUGCUGAAGUUCUCUGCCCCCUCGCUCCUUCAAGCCCAGACCACGCUCUGCUGGCCCCUGCCCUCCCAGGGAAAAGGGGCACAGAACUCUCUCCUCUGCCCCCUCCCAUCCAGGUCUAUUCCCUAGUAGAGUUCCCAACCUCCUCUUCCCACGCAGGAAGGAAAGUGGCCCACCCUCUGGUCCCCCAUUGGGGGAGGCCUGGCAGCCUUCCCCCCGCCCCCCGUUCCGGUUCCCCCAGGUCAGGGCUGGGACCCCUGGCUGCACCCUCUGAGUAUUGUGUCGCCCUCGUGUCUGUGUGCGUGUGGGUGUGUGUGUACGUGUGCCCCCUUCAAGGAGCAGAAGUGCACCUGGUCAUUGAGGCAGGGUGUUGUGUGUGCUGGGGGGCGGGGGGGCGGGGAAGGUCCUUCUGUUUGGUGCUACCCUUGUCUACUCUGCCCCUGGGUCAGUGCAUUGUGGGUGCUCUCCCCACGCCCACACUCCCUGCUUAGUUACUCCUGCUGCCCUGCACUCCCAGGCUGGUGGGCGAAGCUGCUGGUGAGGACAGGGAGCAGCGGCAGGUGGGAGGGGUUGCCCACCAGCCCUCGGGAACCCCCCGCAGCCAGGCCUCCUGAAGGUCCCUGGGUGGGCUCCACUGAGAGGAUAAAAGAUGCUCAGGGAAACACAGGCCUCCGCUGCCUCUAGGACCCGCCUUCUGUGUUCCAGGAGGACGUGGUGAGGUGGUAGCAGGAGUUAGGGGUACCUGCUACCCACACUCCUGCUUCUGGGGUGUCUCACUGCUAAGGAGGGAGUGUCACACCCCUUCUGGCUCUGUGUCUGACACUAAGAACAUGAUCUAUCCUUUGCCCUGUCCUGACUCCCUCUUGGUCCUCCCCGUCAAGCUGGGGUGGGGUGGGUCCCUGUCCCCGGGGGCAGG